AGAGCAAAUGAAGUGAUGAGGCAAUUUGAAAGAACUAGUGCAUUUCCCAAUAUAAUAGGAGCCAUUGAUGGCACUCACAUUAAAAUUAAAGCUCCACAAGAUGAUAAACAGUCAUAUGUGAAUCGUAAAGGAUAUCACUCAAUCCAUGUACAGGCUGUUUGUACGCAAAACUUACUUUUCACGAGUGUUUUGGCUGGGAAUGUUGGGUCAGUGCACGAUGCACGUGUUUUUUGGCUCUCUAAUGUUAGCCGAUAUAUUGACAAUCCACAGACCUAUUUCCCUAAUAAUUCACAUAUUGUCAGAGAUUCUGCCUAUGGCAUCCAUCCUCAUAUCAUGAUACCUUUUAAAGACAAUGGACACUUAACAGCAGAACCAGACAGAAAAAUUUUAAUUUUUGUUUAUCUUCUGCAAGAAUGGCUAUUGAGAGAGCAUUUGGACUGUGGAAAGGACGAUGGAGAAGCAUUCUUGAUUGCCUACCUAUAGUCACCAUAGAGAAAAUUCCACAAUAUUUGGUAGCAACUUGUGUACUGCAAAAUAUUUGUAUCUUGAAAGGUGAUUUGAUAGGCUCCAACGAAAUAUAUGACCAAGAUACACUUCGUGGAAGAUUAAUAUCUGACAGAAUGAAAGUGGGUAAUACUAAACGACUAACAAUAAUAAACAAUCUCGUGAUGAGGGACAAUUAAUAUUCAUUACAUUAGUAUCACUUAUUUUGUAUUAUAAUUAUAUAUUUUUGUAUGUAAAAUAUAUUAAUACAUUAUAUUUUUAUAUAAAUUUCUUUGUAUUUUAAUUUAAGAAUUUAAGCUGUUUUUCAAUGAGCACAAGUCAAAAUAAAAAUAAUUGCACAAUUUGUUUUCGACGAUAUUUAUUUCUUGCAGUAAGUAAUGGAAAUAUAAUACAUACAAAAUAAAUAAUUUUUAUUAAUAUAUUUAUAUAAAUAUAUUUGUAAUACUAUAAGAAUAAUUAAAGAACUUUAACUUUAGGAUAUAGAAGUUUAAUCGGUGCUAACAAAACAAAACAAAAAUUUUUACUAAAAUUUGAUGACACAUAAUAUUGUGAUAAAAUAAAAUAUGAAUGAUAUGAUAAAAAUAAAACUAUACGAUUAUCUAUUAGAUAUCUCAUAAUAGUAAUUUUGUUUUAUAGUAAUAGUAAUUUUAAAGUAAUAGUUAUAAUAUAAUAACAUCACAGUAACCAUAUCAGUCAUUCCACAACAUUAAUUGCGCAUUUAUAAACUAAAAAUCACUGCAGGUUAAGU